AUGGAGCGGACCGAACAGCGUGGAGAGCUUAUUAGCUCUGUUCUGGAGGCGAUUUCAGGCGUAUCCUUUCCAAUUAAAAGCAAUCUCUGCACUCGCUUUCCUACCAAGCUGGUUCUACGCAAAACUCCUCGGGUUGGUAUUAGCAUCUUAAUUGUCUCAGACCACUCUCGCAGCGAUUCUGAGAAGGCAGGCCUUUCCAGCUUCCAUGCGGAACUAGAGAGCUUUGAUAGCCUCGCCACUCUGAUCGAGAAUGCCAAGAGUGCUAUGAGCAUAUCGAUGCAUGGUAAAGCAUUUUCUAAGAACCUCCUUCGAGUGGAAAUCUCCGGUUCCAACCACCCUUACUUAACCAUCGUAGAUCUCCCUAGCCUGAUUCAUUCACAAACCAAGAAUCAGAUAGCAUUAGAUAUCGAGCUGAUCCAAGAUGUUAUCAAGUCCUACAUAAAACAAUCUCAAAAUAUUAUCCUAGCUGUAAUCUCGGCUAAGAACAACUUCGCGAACCAGAUUAUCUUGAAGCUAGCCCGUACAGCGAAUGUUUCUGAACAUCAUACUCUCAGCAUUAUAACGAAGCCCGAUAUGCUACUUGCUGGAUCAGAGAGCGAGGCAUUGUAUGUAUCUCUGGCCCGGAACCAAGAGAUCGAUUUCCGUCUCAGCUGGCACGUGCUGAAGAAUAUGGACUCGGAAACUAGCAAGGGGUCUCUUGCUCAGCGAAGCGCGCUUGAGGAUUCAUUUUUCGCGCAGGGGAUCUGGAGAGAGCUUCCCGAGUCCAUCCUUGGAGUUGGACAGUUACAUCAUCGGCUGAGCAAAGUUCUCCUUAAUCACAUCAUAUCAGAACUGCUCAGCCUAGCUCAAGAUAUCGAGGGUAAGCGCACCUCGUGCCAAAACGAGCUGGAGAAGCUGAGCCAGCCUCGAGGCACUUUGGAUGAGCAGCAGCUCUAUCUACUGUGUAUUAGCGAAUCAUUUCAGCGGCUUGAUACCGAGACAGAGCGGGGAUACCAGCAGCGCAUCCGAGCUGUUGCUCAAAAUCUCAAUGAGAACUUUAGCACCCACCUCGGCAGGAAGGGCCAUCGCCGUCAAAUACUCAGCUACAGUGUUUUGCCCGUGGUAUAUGUAUUCGAGGGCAUUACUUUUCUCACCCGAGACGACUUCAUCAAGCAUGUACAAGUGAAGAUGUACAGGUUCAAAGGUCGAGAGCUUCCGGGCUUAUUCAAUCCAAUGAUCAUUGCUGAUCUCUUUCAGGAUCAAGCUAGUUCAUGGGAAGGCCUUGCUUGCGAUCAUGUUCGCAGCGUAUGGAAGGCGUGCAAGACGUUCCUUAGGCUUGUUAUUGAACAUAUUGCUGAUGUCGGGAUCUCAGCUGCUCUUAUUCAGAAGUUUUUUGAACCGGCAAUGGCUGAGAUUUUGGCUGCCCUGGAGACCAAUAUCGGUGACGUAGUCAAGUUACAUCAGAUCAUUCACUCUAUUACUUACAACGCCGAAUUUACGGAAAUAAUUCAGAGGGUUAGAGCUAACAGAAAGAGAGCUGAGUACGCCGCAGUGGUAAAACGCUUUUUCAACGUUUCCACUCUGCAGCAUGCUAGCUCUCAGAGUUCAAAGCUCGAAGAGCUGGUUGAAACCUUGGUGAGAGAGACUACUGAGCUAAAUAUGGAUCGCUAUGCAGCCAUCGAAGCCCUGGACUGUAUGGAAGCAUAUUACAAGAUUGCUAUGAAGCGCUUUGUUGAUGAUGUUGCAGUCGAGAUCAUCGAGGUCCAGCUUGUAUCCAUACUAGGGGAUAUUUUGUUCCCAAGCAAAGUCUAUAAGAUGGAUCCUACUCUGCUAGGCGCUGUAGCCGGGGAGUCCGAGGAAUAUCGGACUUUGCGAGAGCAGCUGAAGCAGCAGCUCGAAGUACUAAGCAAAGGAGCUGAGACUUGCAAGCGCUUUGUCGGGAAUAAAUUUAGCAGUAUGGCAGAGGCUUGA